AUGAAAGACGAAGCGCUAGAAGCCUUAGGACCACAGGUAUGGAGACUAGAUACACCAUAUUGGCGGGAUAAAGAAGUGGAAGAAAAGAUAAAAAGAAAGAAGAAAGUAAAUCAAAAGUUAUUACAACAUGGAGACGAACAAACAAAACAACAAUAUAAAAACUUGAAUAAAGAAGUCAAACAAGAAGUGGUUAAAAAGAACAAUAGUCCAUGGGAACAAAAAUACCAAUACAACCAGACAACCAUAUAG